CUGAGUAAGUUUGGGUAUCUCCCACCCCCUGAUCCUGUGAAUGGACAGCUACAGACCAAGGAAGCUCUGACAAGAGCCAUCAAAGCCAUGCAGAGGUUUGGAGGGCUGGAGGAAACUGGAGUGCUAGACCAAGCAACCUUGGGCUUAAUGAAGACCCCUCGCUGCUCACUGCCAGAUGUGUCAGAGCCAGAGAUGUCAGCAGGGAGAAGAAAGCGGGCACUAGCUCCUCAAAAUAAGUGGAACAAGAGACAUCUUUCCUGGAGGGUGAGGACGUUUCCAAAGGAGUCAGUUUUGCUAGGUCGAGACACGGUGCGGGCGCUCAUGUACUACGCACUGAAAGUGUGGAGUGACAUCGCGCCACUCAACUUCCAUGAGGUGGCGGGGAAUGAGGCAGACAUUCAGAUUGACUUCACCAAAGCGGACCAUAAUGACGGAUACCCUUUUGAUGGACCCGGUGGCACAGUGGCCCACGCCUUCUUUCCCGGAGAACGAUUCACAGCUGGCGACACACACUUUGAUGAUGAUGAAGCCUGGACCUUCAGGUCGCCAGAUUCCCACGGCAUGGACCUUUUCGCAGUGGCGGUGCAUGAGUUUGGCCAUGCCAUAGGGCUCGCACACACCUCUGCCAUUGAGUCCAUCAUGCGCCCUUACUACCAAGGGCCAGUAGGGGACCCGCUCAAGUACAACCUCCCGUACGAAGACAAGGUCCGUGUCUGGCAGCUUUACGGUGUUCGGGACUCCGUAUCACACACGCCGCAGACAGAUGACCCCUCUCAAACAGCUGAACCUCCUGUCCUGCUUGACCUCCCCACAAACAGAUCUACAAUACCACCUGACCGUGAUGCCCCUGACCGAUGCACUAGCCACUUUGAUGCUGUUGCCCAGAUUCGAGGGGAGGCCUUCUUUUUCAAAGGGAAGUAUUUUUGGCGUCUGACACGUGAAAAGCACCUGGUGUCGUUAAGGCCAGCUCAGAUCCAUCGCUUCUGGAGAGGUCUUCCUGCCAACCUGGACAGUGUGGAUGCUGUAUAUGAGAGACCUGGAGACCAUAAGAUAGUGUUCUUUAAAGGAGGGAAAUAUUGGGUGUUCAAGGACAAUAACGUUGAAGAGGGCUACCCACGGUCUGUCGGUGACUUUGGGCUGCCCCUGGAAGGAGUAGAUGCAGUAUUUGUUUGGCUGCACAACGAGAAGACGUACUUCUUCAAGGACAACCGUUACUGGCGUUACGAUGACCAUCUGCAUCGCAUGGACCUCGGCUACCCAAAAGACACGGCGCUGUGGAAAGGGAUCCCAUCCCAACUGGAUGAUGCCAUGCGGUGGUCUGACAGUGCAUCAUAUUUCUUCAAGGGGAAGGAGUACUGGCGUGUGGCGGGCAGCGAUAUGGAGGUUGAAGCAGGUUAUCCGCGUCCCAUCGGGAAGGACUGGCUGGUGUGCACGGAAAUGCAGUCGGACUCCCCGGAGAUGCAGAACAACUCGAACACGAGGCUUCACGGGCAGCACCACGCAGAUCAUGCAGAAAAUGGCUACGAGGGCAGAGCCACAGGCCUGUACUCAAAGAGACUCAAGGAGCAGAACAUACAGCAGCCUGUGGGUGAAGAGAGCAAUGAGAGGCUCUGAAACAGCCUUUCGCCUGCACCCGACUGAUGGAAUGGACUCAGCACUUCAAUCAAGAGAGGGAUUGGAUCACUUUUUCUUUUUUUUGGUUGAUGCUUUUGUUGUCGCCUUUUUCUGGAAACUGGACAUUCUAUUAUUAUUAUUAUCAUCAUCAUCAUUAUUAUUAGUGAUGCUUGCUAUUGCUAUCUCAAUCCCAAAUAUUAGACUUCAGCACAUAAUUUAUCUCACACAGACGUAGCCUAAAUUAUAUCUUAAAUGGUGCCGCUCAUUGAGGUGUGCUAUUAAUUUAUCAGACCUACAACUUCGCCUGGCAGACAAUAAAGCAAGCGAAAAAAUAUGAUACAAGCCAUAUUUAGGACCCAAAAUAUCAGAGACUUGGAAUACAUCCAUAUGAAAUGCUACAAAUUAGUCUAAACGCCCAUCGUGGCAACGUGUUUUGCACAGGCAAGCAUCACUAACAUUCAAAAAAAUUUAUUGGUAGUAGUAUUCAAAACCUGAAAAUAAUCAUUAUCAAGAUUUAUGUAAUAAAUAAUCAGAUUUAUGUAAUAAUUUUGUGUUUCAGAAUAUCAAGAGAUAUAGUAACUAGCUUUCUGAGGCAUAUCCAGAGCCAGUAAUAAUAAU